CAAACAUACUUGGCUCUCCCCGUCUCUUUUCUGCACACCCAUUCCAAAUGCUUUAAGCUUUUGGGUCCCAGGCUGAUUCUUUUUCUCUGCAAAGACCCUUUAGUCACAUUCCAGCCAAGUCUGCUGGGUGUUUUUUUUUCUCCCCACCCUUUAUUUUAUUUUAUUGCCCAAGAGGAAACCUCAUCAACUGGAUUUCACUGAAGUCAGAUGCCCAGAUGGCCAGAGCUGGACUAACGAUGAGUUGAAAAGAAACAAAUGAUGAAGCAGCCAAACAGCCAUCCCCCCUCCCCCAAAAACCUGUCAACUACUAACAAGCCUGGGAAACAAGGAAAGCCUAAGAAACAAAAAAAGCUACAGCAUUAUAUUAUUCUGCCUUACAGUGUUCUUUCUGCCCUUUCUCUAAAAUAAAUACAAGGCUGAAGAUCACAGAUGUUUCUGACAUUUCAGCAGAAAUUAAUCUCAGCUAAGCAGUACUUCCUUCCAUUCCAUCUUCUCUUCAAAGAGUCAAAUAUUGCCUGUUGCUGAUUGCUCAAGGCAUGUAAAGCUAGAACUUUUAAGAGAAUGGAUGGUACUAUCUCCUCCACCAUUAGAGUGGCCAUAGACACAGAAACUGGCAGCCUGUUCAGAAGCAACCCUAAUAUUUCUUCCAACAACACAUGGGGUGAGGCUUUCUCUGCCAACUCUUUGGAGGACAUCAUAGCUACCUGCACCAUUGGGACCAUCCUGUCUCUUAUGUGCAUAAUUGGAGUGACUGGCAAUGUCUACACCUUGGUUGUGAUGUGCCACUACAUGAGGUCCUCUGCCUCCAUGUACAUCUACAUCAUCAACUUGGCCCUAGCAGACCUGCUCUAUCUUCUCACCAUUCCUUUCAUUGUGGGGACUUAUUUCAUCCAGGAAUGGUACUUUGGAGAUACAGGUUGCCGGAUCCUUUUCAGCUUGGAUUUCCUCACCAUGCAUGCUAGCAUUUUCACUUUGAUGGUGAUGAGCACAGAGAGAUACUUUGCAGUGCUGAAGCCUUUGGACACUGUGAAGAGAUCAAAGAGUUAUCGGAAAGCAAUUGCCCUCAUUAUCUGGGUAGCAUCUCUGCUUCUCACCCUGCCAAUGCUGAUCAUGAUCCAGCUGGUGCAAGGGGAAAAGAAUAUCUGCCUACCCACCUGGAGCAAAUUGUCCUACAAGAUCUACAUCACUGUCCUCUUCUGCACCAGCAUUGUUGGCCCUGGUGUCGUUAUUGGGUAUCUCUACGUUAGACUGGCAAGAACCUACUGGGUGUCCCAGACCACUUCCUUGAAGGAAACCAAGCGACUGCCCAACCAAAAAGUCCUCUACUUAAUCUUCACUAUUGUGCUGGUCUUCUGGGCCUGCUUCUUGCCUUUCUGGAUCUGGCAGCUGCUCUUCCAGUACUACGAGCCUCUUCCCAUGUCUCCUAAGGCCACUAGGAACGUCAACUACCUGACCACCUGCCUGACCUACAGCAACAGUUGCAUCAACCCUUUCCUCUACACCUUGCUGACCAAGAACUAUAAAGAGUAUUUGAGGAACAGGCAGCGUUCUUUUCACAGCAGCCGCAACUACUUUCAGAGAAGGAACCGAUUUCAAAGGAUUUCUGGGAGAUCUUUGUCAACAACCAGCCAGCACUAUACAGAGACAUUUAUGCUCCCACACAUUCCAGGGGGAAGUAAUAGCCCAUGAUGAAAGAAGCACACUUCUAAAAUCAACUCUCAUCAAAGUCAGAAGAAGAAACAAAAAAGCAUUACAUUUGAAAGGGAGGGAUUCUAAAAGAGGUACAUGCUGGGUUUAGAGUUUUGAUGAUAUUUGUCAUCAUAGCAGAUCAGGAAAAAAGUUAUGUAUUCCAUAUACUCCGUGAUAUAUCAUUCUAAGUUUUGCUUCCUGAAAUUUUAUUCUUCAUAUUGUAAACUGUAUUCACUCAAGCGAAGUUAUUUCGGAGAUAAGGGUAGAAAUAAAAAAUGUGUUAAUUUGUUUUAUGGUUAAGCUGGUAGACAGGUGGCACCUUUGUGGAAACUGAAUUUGAGGGAAAUGCUUGACUUUCUACAGAAUUCAUACCAGCUAAAUUUAGAUAUAGGCACUAGAAUCACGGACACGUGUUGUCCAGCAGAUUUCUCAGGACUGACAGCUGUGAGUCUUGUGGAUAAAACCACUUCAUGCACACUUACACAUUCAGAUUUGUUUGCCUUUUACCCCUAGCACAUUCUUCACUGAUCAUAUCAAGUAGGGCACUCUAUGCUUCAAAAAUAAUUCCAAAUACAUAAUUUGGACCCAAGGAAAAAGUGUUGUGACUGCUUUAUGGAGCUGACUCAUUAAUGUUCAUAUAACUCUUAAAGCAGUCCCACCUUAGUGGAUUUUUUUCCACAUAGAAGUUUCACUUCCCCUCUCAGGCGUUAUUUUAAUGAAUAGUAAAACGGUCCAAAAUAUUUCUUCCAAAGAGUUUUUCUGAAGCGUGCAGAGCUCUAAUAUCAACUAUUAUGUGGCAAUAUUAUAAAUACAGGUAUUUAGUCCUCAGCUUACAACCACAACCACAACUGAGCCCAAAAUUUCAGUUGCUAAGCAACACAGUUGUUAAGUGAAUUUUGCCCCAUUUUACGACCUUUUUUGUGGAGGUUGUUAAGUGAA